AAAGGCAAUAAAUGUGAGCGAAAAGCAGCGGGAACUGUGUUGUGAAAUGAGUGAAAUGACGUCUUUCAUUGGGUGGCAACUUCUGCGAACGCUUCGACCGGUCGCCUCUCAAAGAAGCGAUUAUCUGUGGCGAACGUGCUUGAACAUUUCAUUUAGGAACGUCCUGGUCAGCGGGGCUUACGAUCGACCCUACAGCCGUCUCUCCAAACCCACGGACAUGAGGAACAAUAGUCAGCUGUUCAGGCAGCUUUUUGACGAGAAGAGCUGGACGUACACUUACCUCCUUGCUGACCUGGACACAAAACAGGCCCUCCUAAUUGACCCAGUCCUGGAACAAGUGGACAGGGAUACCAAGCUCUUGUCAGAGCUGGGACUGAAGCUUGUCUAUGCAGUGAACACUCAUGUGCAUGCGGACCAUAUCACUGGCAGUGGCAAGCUGAAGGAGCGCAUAGAGGGCUGCCAGAGUGUCAUUUCAGCUGCCUCCCAGGCCAAGGCUGACAAGCACUUGACCCCCGGCGAGGUCUUUGGCAUGGGUUCCAUCAAACUGGAAGCCAGGGCGACCCCCGGACACACCAGUGGCUGCAUGACCUAUGUCUGGCAUGAACAGAGGAAAGCGUUCACUGGUGAUGCUGUCUUAAUCCGUGGCUGCGGCCGGACAGACUUCCAGCAGGGAAACGCCGAGCUUCUUUAUGAUGUGGUCCACAGCCAGGUGUUCAGCCUGCCUGGAGACUAUCAACUCUACCCUGCUCAUGACUACAAGGGACAAACUACAACAACUGUGGCAGAAGAAAUCAAGUUUAAUCCUCGUCUAAGCAAAACAAAGUCUGAAUUUGUGGAGAUUAUGAACAACCUCAACCUCAGCUAUCCCAAGAUGAUUGACAAAGCUGUUCCUGCUAACAUGGUGUGUGGCCUUCACGAAAUCCCUUCCGUUUCCUGAAAACACUACUACUUUGGAUACAAGUAGAAGAACAGCUGUCACAAUAAAUGCUACAUCUCACAAUAAACCUCUCAGUAGUUCAAGCAUCUUCGCAGCUACAUUAUGCACAUGCACUAGAUCUGGACAAAACCACUAGCACAGUGUAGCUGGUCAGGCCAAAAUAGUCUAUUUUAUGAAAUUUCUUUUCUCUCUUUCUACAUUGAACAGUGCUGAGCUAUUUUCCUUCACAAUUGCAAGUUCACCGCCACCACUGAUCCCUUGCAGUCAUUUGUUGGAUCCGGCACUAAUGCAUAUACUUUUCUCAAUGUUGUUGGCAUGAGUGCUCGUGAGCACUGUGCAGCACACGGCUGUGUGGCUCAUUUUACACAAUGGCUGAAAAAAACAGUCAAACGAGGAUGUCUUGCAGUUUCUGAGCUUUAUUUAUUUGGAGUUGCCUGUAUACGGUUGCUUUGGCAUAUGAAAAUAAAGCUCUUUCAGAUCUA